AUGGCACAGCUUCCCCUCUCCCCUCUCGUGCUUUACUGCCCCCUCGCCUUGCUCCGGAGCGGAGAGAUGGGACAGCAGGAGCUGUCACCGGGGCUGGCACGCACACACUCCCCCUGCCCCCUCCUGGCACCUCGGGCUCCUGCCGCUGCUCCCUCGCCUUGGCAGCUUCCCCGCGGGCCCGGCUGUGCCUGGGAUCCUCCCUCCUGGCCUCACAUUUCAUGCCAGGUCUUUUCACAGAAAUAUUCUAGAGCCAUGCAGGGCGGAAGCUGGGACCCCCCUCGCUUUGAGCAGCCUCUCCAUCCCUCCUGGAACUGCUGUCACCCGUCCCCAUGGGGACCCUCCAGGGGCCAGCCUCGGCCCCUCGCCCUGUGCCAGCGCGGCAGCGGCUGCUCCUUAACCAAAGACGGGGCCCGGGGUGUGCCAGGGGAUUGUUUGUCCCCCUGCGAGCGAGAGGAGCUGGGGGGAGCCAAGUGCCAGCUCUCCCAGCGUGGGGACACCUUGGAUCCGGAAGGUUGGCAGCAAGGGGACAGCUGGGGGAGCCAAGUGCCAGCUCUCCCAGCGUGGGGACACCUUGGAUCCAGAAGGUUGGCAGCAAGGGGACAGCUGGGCGUGCCGGGGGUCCUGGAAGGACCCGUCUUUCCCCAAGGCUUGGGAGGGAUCUGGGUGUUGUGGUGGCUUGCAGCCCUCCCCGGGCUCAGGGGUGUCCUGUGUCUGUCACCUUGUCCCCCGCGUGCCCACCAGCUCCCGCCGUGUGCCACCGUGGGUACCACAGGGUGCUCACCACCCCCUCCCCGGGGACCCCGGCCGCUGUCCCCUCCCUGUGCCGUGCCUUGCCACGCUCUGCCCCGCUGCCUUGGUGGGCACUGUCCCACACCCCACCCGCUCCACGCCCCGCUGGGACCCCCAGGUCCGGCGUCCGCGGGGCUCCGUCACCGGGGCGAGCGCCCGCGCCGCUGCCUGCGCCUGCCUGCUGCCCUGCUCUGUUUCCAGGAGGAAAAAACCAAUGGAAAUUCUCUUGUAUAAAAAGGAAAAAAAAAAAAAACCAAACCGACAUGUAAAGAGAUUCUUGGUUUUUAUCAUAAAUAUUCUAAUAAAUUAAUGUUAAUUUUUA